AGCGGUUGAUUGAUGAUUAGAUGUAUGGUGUGGAUCACGGAGAGAGGAUGACUCACCCACGUCUGAUGUGAUGUUCACCUCGCAACAGCUCAGCAGUGCGGUGGCACGCCGGUAGUUCAGCUUGACACCUCGUUGUUGCUGCACCAAUACAAGUUUAGCAAACUGUUAAUAUGCUUUUAGGCGGCCCUAUGAUACCUCGUUUGCUUGAAACUUAAGUGGCUGUCACUUGAGACCGAGCGUCGUGCUUUACCGUACAUUUCGUGACGCCUGAUUGCCAUGGAAACAGCGGUGCGCUGAGAGGAAACUGUCCGUGUUAACUUCAGCAGCAACCUUUCAGAGGGUCGGAUAAACCUGUUGGAUAUAUCUGUGUUUUCCUUCUAUUGCUACCCUGGCUUUACUUUCUAUUUUAAUUUGGCAACGAAACAGACCUCUAUUUUACAGGUGAGGAUGAUGGAGCUUCCAACAGAGAAGAGGUUCCACAACUUGACCCUUGAGCAAAUGCAAGCUCUGGACAAAGUCUUGACUGAGGUUAUCCCCAUCCAUGGACGAGGAAACUUCCCCACACUGCAGGUGAGAGCGAAAGACAUCAUCCGUGUGGUUAAGGAUCGGCUGGUGGAAAGAGACAUCCAGGUGAGAGAUAUACGGCUCAACGGCGCGACGGCCAGCUACGUCCUGGUGAGGGAUAACUGCCUCGGCUACCGAGAUUUAGACAUCAUUUUUGGAGUGGAGCUGCCCAGGGAGGGGGACCUUCAGGUGAUAAAGGAGGUGGUGCUGGGCACCCUACGAGACCUCCUCCCCUGUGGCGUUAACAGACGGAAGAUCACAUGCCUGACGAUGAAGGAGGCCUACGUGCAAAAGAUGGUGAAAGUUUUCAACGACCAUGACAGAUGGAGCCUAAUCUCGCUUUCGAACAAUAGAUCUAAAACCGUAGGGCUCCGCUUCGUCAGCUCCCUUAGAAGACAGUUCGAGUUCAGCGUGGACUCCUUCCAGAUCAUAUUAGACCGCAUGCUGGAGUCUUACUGGGAGACAGAAAGGAAACAAGUAGGGAAGUUGGCAUUGAAUGCUGGGAAUUUGUCUAAAAGACACAAUGAGGAUGAAAAGAAAAAGCAAGAGCAAUCAAGUGUUCCUCGAGAAGUUGAACCUGAUGUUGAAAAAGACUCCAAUGGAGAAAACCAAUCUCAGGAUGAGACCAUUCCUGUGCUUGAGGAAGAGCUUCCAGGUGCAAAGGUUGAGCGUGUGGUUGAAAAGCAGCAGGAGGUGCUGGAUUCCACGAGCGCUAACUUACCGCAGAAAGACGUGGAUGGGGUCAAAGACGUUCAUUCAGCAGAAGAAAUUGUGUUUGAGAUAUGUGAAGGAAAAGGAGAAGAGAAAGGUCAGUUUCACAGUGAUUAUCCUUUACUUUUAGCCGCUGAAACGUUAUUACCGGUUGCCAGGGAUCCGCUGAUGACACAUGCAUGUUUAAAUCUGCAGAGUUAUGGAGAGCUGUCUGCGUCACAAGCUCCUCCAACAGCAGAAAAGUCAGCUCUGCAGGAAGUCCAUUGCGUGGAACCUACUCAGUUCAAAGUCGACUCCCCACAAGAUUCACUUCUUGAAUUUUCCUUUCCUCCUCCUGCUAAGAAAACUUGCAGCACAUCACAGAAUAUUGUACCCGACUAUUGCCCUUCACCAAAAUUACAAAGGAAAAUGUCGAGGAAGUUGAUCAGUAAGCCAGAGAAUUGGUCUUUACUGACUGAUUUGUCAGAUCUUACAACUCCGCUGUUUCCCCCCAUAGAGAUACCCAAACCUCUUCAGCGAAAGCCUUCUUUACUGGACAGCGCUCAAGUUCAUGGCUCAAAUGUUCUGACCCCCAAGUCAGAGGCUUUACAAACCCUUUCAUCUCCCACAUGCGGUCCAGUAAGUACACUUCAGGAUGGGACUGGCUCCAAUGAAACUGUGGAACAAACUGUAAAGCCAAAACACUCGAGGAAGCCUCCUGAUUUAGAGACUCAAAGCCACACAUAUGGACAGCCUCAGAUCAAUGAUCAAACCCCAGAAGCUGUACAGAACCGGGGCGGGGCGGGUUCAUGGAUUGGUGCAGCCGGGGAGUCUACUAUCACUGUCGAAGCGGAGUGCAUGUAUGGAGACUUUGACCAGGCGAUGGACCACCUCCGCCUCCGCCUCAUCGCCACCCACAAACCAGAGGAGAUCCGAGGAGGGGGCCUGCUGAAAUACAGCAACCUGCUGGUUAGGAACUUCCGUCCAACCAGCGAGACUGAGAUCAAGUCCUUGGAGCGAUACAUGUGCUCCCGCUUCUUCAUUGACUUUCCCGACGUGAGCGAGCAGCAGCGAAAGAUCGAGGCCUACCUGCAAUGCCAUUUUAUUGGCAACGAGGAGACGAGCAAGUACGACUACCUGAUGACCCUGCGGCGAGUCAUAGACCAGAGCACGGUGUGUUUGAUGGGACACGAGAGGAGGCAGACCCUCAACAUGAUCACAGUCCUGGCUCUCAGGGUGCUGGGCGAACAGAACGCCAUUCCCAACACUGCCAACGUCACCUGCUUCUACCAGCCAGCUCCGUACAUGGCCGAGCCCAUUUACAGCAGCUACUUCAUCACCCAGGCCCAGCCCCCCCUCGUCUACCACCCCUAUCCGCUACAAGUGCACGUGCAGACCGGCCUGGUGUAGCUACAGUGAGGUGCCCACAGAGAGGCAUUGAGGCUGCUUUCAGCAUGGUGCUCUGCAAGCAGAGGCACAAAUGGAAGUUUUAUCGACAACAGGCAACCACAGGCACAGUGCUCGUGUUUGAUGCUUUGAAACCCUUCCCGAUUAUGAAAUAAAAGGUCAGAACUGAAAGGGGUAUGGAGGCGAAGCAUGGCACCCUUUCAAGAUGAACACUUUUAAAGAGGAAAGAAGGAGCCCAAUUUCAGGGAGCUCGUGGAGAGGAUUUAUUGAAGUGGAGGGUCUUUGUUCAUUGCUGUUUCAGCUCAGCUUUGGCUCUAUGCUCCCUUGUUGAGGAGAAUGUUGUAAUGUGAUGAAUAUCUAUGGCUUAAAGAUACACAUUUUGAACAUAUAAGAACAUCAUUCGUGUUGGCAACAAAAAUAUCGAUUAGUUAAAGUUUGAAUAAUGAUACAUCUUUAACCUGAGGGUUGAAAACACCUUUAUAGCUGGUUUUGUGACUCAUCAGUAUCUGUGGAGUGAAUUUCAGAUUGUACCUGUGUAUUCACUGUAGAGUAAAAUAACAUAAUUUACCUAGGGAAUACAUUAGAAAUAAAAUGCUGUGAUAUUUUUAUGAUAUUGUAAGUUAUAUAUCUGUGAAUGUUAACACCUAAUUUCAAGGGUGGAAACAGGAGAUUGAAGGCUUGGUUCCAUUAUGACUGUAUGUUGAUACAUUUUGAAUGGUUUUGUUUUUUUUAUUCGUUUUUUUAAAGUUCAAAAUUGGCCAGAAAAAUAUGUGUGCUUGGUCUCCAUCUCUCGUAAUGAUAAGAUAAUAAUAUUGGGGGUAUUUACCUUUCUUUGAACAUUAAAAGCUUCUUUAUGCAAAUUAAUUGCAGAGAAAAGCCUAAUUAUUUUCAACAGCCACUUUAAAUAUUAAAACCAAACUCCCAAUCAGGGACAUGUUACUGUGGGGUGUUUGUUAGUGCUUUUGCAUUGCUAAAAUGAAUUGACCAUGCAGUUUAUCAAAUCUUCUAUCAAAGUUUCCUUUCUACUUAAAAUCCAGAGAGCAUGUCAAAUUCGGUUUUUCCUCGUCAACAGGCUGAAUAUAUGUUUUGUGUGUAUAACUUGGUGACUGUUUAUUUUUCUUAUUGAUGUUAGUGAAUGUUUUGCCAGGGUUUUGCUUGCUGAUGUUACGGCACAUUUGAAUUUUUCAAGCAGUCGAUGCAGCCAGCAGUUAUUGCGCUGUGUUUGUUCAUUGUGUAUGCAUACAGUACAUAUACUCAGUAUUUGUUCACAAUACAAAGAAAAGAACAUGUAAGCACAGGUAAGGAAAUGUGUGCUGUUCACACUCAAGCUGAGAUUGAAGCACAAUGUAAAUGCACAACAAAACAAAAGCUGUUGUUGAGUAAUGAAUGUGUUUCUGACAAGCUCGCGAAUCCCCGAUUAAAUAUUGAAAACGUCUAAAACACUGUGUGCCGUAUAGUGUAGCUUUGAAGUAAUGUAUCUAUCUGGAGAUUUUGGGUGUAUCGUUACGACAGUUUGACAUGUAGAGUAGUUAAAGUAUUCCUGUUAUAUGUUACUGCUCAGAUUGUUGUUUUUGUGGUAAUAAAUACCAAGAAAAAUA